CGACGCUGGUGCAGGGCAGAGGGGGAGUUCUGCAGGGUCAAAUAAACUCAGGAGCUGCAAACCAACACAAAACUCCGCAGACCUGCGCAACUUUCUAACAAGCAAGAGGUCUUUCCACCCCACUUUUUUUUGUGUUCCUACCUUGACUUGAUUCUGGUCGCUGCAAAGAUGACCACAGCCGUGGUGUCGCCUUUCUUCGACUUCGAAGUUAUGAACAAGAACAACAAACUGCUCAGCUACAACAACAACCUGGGUGCCCCCCAUCCCAUGUCUGUCCCUUGCACUGGCGCCAAUGUGCCCAUCUCCAGCCCCACCGGAGCCCUGCUGGACAGGAAAGCGGUGGGAUCUCCCUCGGUAGGAGGCGUGUACCAGCGGCGGCACUCCGUCAGCAGCACAAAGUUCAGCCAGAACCAGUUUCUGAACAGUCUGAAGGCAAUGGACCACUCCUCGCUCAUCUCAGGGGUUGGCAACAUCAGCAACAAGGAGAACCGCCUGCGAGACCGCUCCUUCUCCGAGACGGGCGAGAGGCUCAUCAACAAGUGCCUGGGCCCUGCCAGUCCCACCAGCGGUGGCAGCCAAGUGAACUCCAGCAGAUACAAGACGGAGCUUUGCAGGCCCUUUGAGGAGAACGGCUCCUGCAAAUAUGGCGACAAAUGCCAGUUUGCUCAUGGAAUCCACGAACUUCGCAGCCUGAGCCGCCAUCCCAAAUACAAAACUGAGCUGUGCCGUACCUUCCACACCAUUGGUUUCUGCCCGUACGGGCCUCGCUGCCAUUUCAUCCACAACGCCGAGGAACGCCGCGGACCUCCUCAGCAGACCUCCCCUCUAAACUCUUCCAACAAGAUCGAGAGGCCUCGGCUGCAGCACAGCUACAGCUUUGCAGGCUUCUCCAGCUCAGCUGGGCUGAGAGACAGCCCCACCUCCGUCACCCCGCCACCCAUGUUCUUCCCUGAUGAAGUCUCCGACUGGCCCAGCAGUAACCCCUUCACCUACUCCAGCCAGGAGCUGGCCAACCUGUUUGGGCCCAGCCUCAGUGCCGGUCCUGUAGGCACAGAGCCCCACCAUCCUGCACCCCCCUCUCCAACAAGCACACCUUACUAUUUCAGACCCAUGUUGGAGUCCCCUCAGAUGUUCGAGUCUCCAUCCAGCCCUCCUGACUCCCUGUCAGACCAAGAGGGCUACCAGAGCAGCUCUGGAGGCAGCCUGAGUGGCUCCGAGUCCCCAACGCUGGACACCACCCGCCGUCUCCCCAUCUUCAGCCGCCUCUCCAUCUCUGACGACUAAACCGCAAGCACCCGUCAGUGACUUUUGAGUUUGAUGACACAAAGAGAACACGGCACUCCCCUCUACCUCUGCCUCCCUGUCUUCCCUGUACACAGCGCACCAUGUUAGUUGCUAGUUAGCAUUAUAAGGAUGUAGUCAAUCAAGGGAACUCAAAUUAUCAUUUCAUUCCUGUUAAUCUGCACAGCAAGUUUUUUUUAAAACGCAAAAAAAAAAAGUAGCCUGCCUUGUGUCAUAGUGCCAAAAAAAGGAGUGGAAUUUGAACAAUGAAAAUCACGAGAACAAAAUUGACUGUUUUUCCAGGUGCCACUUGUUUUUUUUGUUUUUUUUUCUCCCCUCUUUCUUCUUCAUUUGUUCUUGAAUGUGUAGCAGCACAAGUGGCCUUGGAUAGGGGAGUGCAUUGCACUAGCCCCCUGCCCCCCCCUCCCCUUCCCUCCCUCCCCUGACAAUACCACUUCCCCUGAGCUAGCUAGAGGGUGCUCACUAACAUAACUGUAGAUCUAUCACAGCCGUUUUUACAGACUGAGUAAAGACAAAUAUAAUAAAAAAAAGUAUAAUAAAAUAACAGACCCUGAAAAGAUAUGAAUAGUUUUUAAAAAAGGAAAAAAAGUGCCUGGGGUGGUUUUUGCAUGUUUAGGGUGAAUGGACUACUGUUUUGUUUUUGGUUCUUACUCAUUUGCCUCCCCCCCACACACACACCCCCCCCCUACACCCCCCGUCACGGUUCUUCUCGAGCCCAGUCUUAUGUAAUUGUGGACAGGGUGAGUCUGCAGGAAGGACUUUGAACUGGAAGUUGGUUAUGUCCCCCCCCCCCUCUGAAUUUUCUCCUCCUGUUGCUGGUCACUGGCUCUCUCUGUUUUUUUUCUUUUUUUGGGAAGGAAGUCUCUAUCAAACUGAUCAUUAAACCUGUAGGACUUUGUCCCACUUCUCAGUCUUGCCUCCCUCCCUUCAUCUCCACCGAUCUGGGGAAUUCCAGCAUUCCCAUGGUGCAGUUGUACAUCCUGCGACUUGACACGAUCGGAUCUCCAAGCUAUUUUACUUAACUUCUCCCCCACUUUAACGCCUGCUCCCAGGAGCACUCCCUGUACUCAUUACACCCCCUCCCCCCCUUUUUUUUUGCUUUCUUUAUUUGAUAAUUAUUUUUUAUUAAUGUUAUUAUUACGGUUAUUAUUAUUUGAAAACCUUUCCAGACAGAGGGUUUUCUUGUCACUGCUUAUUUAACUUAUCAGAACAUAUUUAUUGGUGAUCAUAUGCAUUUUUUGUUAAUUUUGUUUUGUAUUUAUCUGGAUAAUGAACAAUAGAAUAUAUUUUCUUUUAUGUUAAAUUAUGAUCUUCCAUAUUAAUCUAAAGAUUGUGAAGACGUUUUUGUCAAGUUUUCCUUUUUUUCACAGUUUAAUAUAUUGUACUUCAAUGACUUGUUCUGCAACUACACUUUUGUCAAAAUGAAACUUAAUUUAAAGCAAAAAAAAAAGAAAAUGCAAAAAAAGAGGUUUUGCGUUUUGAUUAUUUAUUGUACUUUUUUCUUUACUCCCUCUCAUUGGACUGCAAUUCCACCUAAACUAGAUUUGCUUGUAUUCAUUCCCGGUGUUUCCCUCCUCCACACCUUUACAUUAAUCUUGACAGUAACAGUAGCUAACUGUUAUUACGUUGAUUCAGCUUGUCUUUUUCUUUUUUUUGUCCCGACUGUAAAGAGAAGUAUUUUUCACAGUACUUGGGUUGACGGUAGAAGUAACGGGGUGCUCACUGGUUUAAGAGAGUCUCCAACUUAGAAGACUAGUUCAUGUUGAAAUGUUGGUCAUGUUCAUAAAACCCAGUCUGUUAAUUACAAGCAAUAGCUGUGACCAAAUGGGUUGAGGAAAAGUACGUUUUCUUUUUAAUUUGAUCGGAUGCUUGAUGCACUUGCUUGGCCCCCCCCCCCCCGCUCGACCAUUGGAAGUGCCUCACUGAAUACAUUCCAGGUAGCUAAGGCUUCUCGAGCCUUUUAUAUAUUUGAUAAUGGAGGACAAUGAAUCUUUUUAAGUCACUUGUUCCGUGUUGCCUUCACGUGUUUGGAAGGGGUGAACAGAUUUUGACACAAAGAAAGUAAAACUGUUGAAUGUAUUUUUUUUUUUUUUCAGCCAUGUUUUUGUUUUUUUUCCACUACAGUAAUUUCUGUGAGUUUAUAUGAAAACCUGUUUUUUGUUUUGUUUUCUCCUCUUUUGUAAGUAUUGAUUGCAGUUAAGUCAAUAAACCCCAUAUUUUUUGGAAAAGUAAAA